GCGGAAACGUUAGGGUUUCUGACCAUGAGAAGAAUUUCCCGUCUCUGCAAAAAGAGGAAAACCAAUAACAAUCCGAAAUCUCCGGCAACCUCGAAAGAAAGAAACUCCGAUGUUCUUCCUUUGGAUUUACUGAUAGAGGUUCUUAAUCGAUUGCCUGCGAAAUCCAUAGGUAGGUUUCUGCUCGUAUCGAAGUCAUGGGCAACAGUCAUCCGCAGCAAGAGUUUUAUAAGAUGGUUUCCCUUACCAUCCUUGAAUCAGCCUUCGCGUCUCCUAAUCGUUUUAACCAAUACAGAAGUCAUGGCAGACGGACACCGAAACAUCUGUUUCUUCUCUACGUCGUCGUCUUUGCUCUCGUCCUCAUCAUCAACAGAAAUAUCAAUAUCUUUGCUAUCGAGAAUGACUCGUCCCCGACAAUUCGUGUACCCUUACUACUACGUUAAUGGGUUACUGAGCAUGGGAGAUAUCAUAGUUAGCCCUUUCACCGAUGGAGCUGUGUACUACAUUGCGCUCACGCGCACAGGACAGCGUGUGGUGAGAUUCGAUUUGAAGUCUGAAAAGUUUGAUAUCUUUGCUAGAGUAUCCAGGGAUUUUCUUGUUUUGAAUCGUCCUGUUCCAACUUUGAUAAACUACAAUGGAAAAGUAGCCACAGCCACUAACUCUGACAGUGAUGACAGUACAAUUGAUUUGUUUGUUUUCGAAGCCGGAAAACAAGAAUUCUUGGAGAGGACUUUCCAUAUUCUUCCCGAGCCGUCUUUACGUAUGCAAGGUACUAAUCAUAUGGGUGAGGUUGUUUUUGCACCACGCCACGGUUCCAAAGAGGCUAAAGUUAUCCUCUACGAUCCCAAGGGAGAUAGUUGUAAGAAGUUUAAGAUUGAAAUUGACGCAAAGCCUAAGUUGUUUUGUCAAGAAAAUUAUUUCGUGGGUUACGUAGAGAGUCUUACGCUAUUGUAG